AUGUGUUACCCCCUUUACCCUGGAGAGUCAGAGAUAAUUCUCAAUCUGCCCCAUCUCAUCAAGGUACCCUCUUUUUACGCUUUUCGUACGCUGAAACCCCCGGUGGAUCUCGCCAACCCAUUACGUCUGCCGUCUGCCGCCAGCCGCCCCACCGUGAUGGAAAAGCCCCCCUCUAAUCAUUACGGCGCGCUGGGGGGUCUGACCCUGCUGGGUGUGGGGAUUUGGGUGCGUGUGGAUAAGGGUUUGUUCCUACAGGUGCUGAGUCCCUUCUCCACCCUCGACACGCAGUUUGUCAAUGUGUGCUUCUUCUGCAUCGCUAUUGGAGGAGUGUUGGUUCUACUGGGUGUACUGGGCUGCUGUGGAGCCCACAAGGGGAGCAAGUGUCUGCUGCUACUGUUUUUCUCCAUCAUCCUGAUUAUUUUCAUCGCUGAAGUGGCAGCCGGAACGGUGGCCCUCGCCUACUCUUCAUUUGCCGAGGGGAUUCUUAAAGCAUGGGCCACCCUUGUCUUGAAGAACCAGUAUGGCAGCGAUCCGGUGGUCACCAAGAUCUGGAACAGCACCAUGACCGAGCUGAACUGCUGUGGCUUCACCAACUACACAGACUUUACUGACUCGUACUACUCUGAGCAGAGUGAGGGCAGCUACCCACCCAGCUGUUGCCAGCUAGACACUGCCCCCUGCAGCCAGCAGCAGGCAUGGCACAGUGCUGUUCAGGGCUGUUUCGAACAGCUGUUGAAGGCCCUUCAGAAGCAUGCCAACAUCGUAGGUGGAAUAGCCGUAGGCAUCGGAGGGCUGGAGGUGGCAGCGAUGCUGGUAUCCAUGUACCUGUACUGCUAUCUGGACAACAAUGUCAGCUGAGAUUUUGUAUUGGACAGACAAUAUGUUGUUAUGUACUGUGAAAGGUUAAUAAUAUUGAUUGUAGUGCCAUCAUAUCUGAUAGGUUGCCUUGAUGUUAUUAUCUACAAAUCUAUAUCAGUUAUCCAUUAUUUCACAUUUACUAAUCAAGUGAGAUGUCUUUUUAAUUAAUAGCACAAAAGCCAAAACA